GUACGACUAUCACUAUAACGUAAUGCAGAAACAUUAUGGCGACAAAAUCGAGCUCAUGUACACAGAUACAGGUAAAUUAUUAUUAUUAUUAUUACUAUUACUAUUAUCGUUUUAUUAAUAUAUAUAUUUUUUUUCUUUAGAUUCUUUAGUAUAUUAUAUCCAGACUGACGACUUUUACAAUGACCUGGCGAAUAAUUCUAACUUGAUCGACCGAAUGGACACGGCAAAUCUACCCCGAGACCACCCGUGUUACAUUGCUGAGAGAAAGAAGAUACCUGGACUAUUUUCUGAUGAAACCGAUGGACGUAUUAUGAGAGAGUUUAUAGCACUCCGAGCAAAAUCCUAUGCUUUCAUUUUAGAAGACAAGGAGAAAAUUAAGGCAAAAGGCGUCCGAGGGCACGUAGUUAAAAAUCAUAUGACUUUCAAAGAUCAUAUGAAUUGUCUUUUCACCGAUGAUGAUAAUGACAAGUCUAACCUGUGUAGGGAAAAUAUCUCUAUCAGAUCAUUCAACCAUCAGAUUCAAACGAUCAAAUCCAACAAAUUAUGCUUCAACCAACAAGAUGAUAAACGGAUAGCACGAUCCGAUAGAAUACAUACUUACGCCCACGGACAUUUUAAAAAUAACUGUUAA